GACUGAUGUAAAUGUUUGCAUGACGUAAAGAGACAAUCUCUGUACCCUAGAUAUACCCUGUUUAUUCCCUGAAUAAUCUAUCCUUCUGAACAACACCUUUAUCAAAGCAGCCAGGGGGCCAUGCAAGAUUACCAUUGACUUCUUCCUUCUGUCUUUAUUUUUUGUAAAGCAAACAGCUACUGGAAGGGUGUGAUAGGCUAAUCAUAGCUUGUGCAUCAUUGCUCUCUCGGUGAGCGAGUUGGUGUAGUCUGCGGAUCAGAUCGCUCCUGUUUGAAUUGUUCAUUUCACUUCUGCGUUCCCAGCUAUUAAGAUUUCAUCAUGCAGAAACGAAGGAAGCCAGAGCCGAUCCAGCUGAACCCGAUUCCAGAUGGGAACGCUAUAAACGGAACCGGGGCCACAGAAACAAAUCUAGAAGCUCUGCAAAAGAAGCUAGAGGAACUGGAGCUUGAUGAGCAGCAAAAGAAGCGCCUGGAGGCUUUUCUCACCCAGAAGCAGAAGGUCGGAGAGUUAAAAGAUGAUGACUUUGAGAAGAUUUGUGAGUUGGGUGCAGGCAAUGGAGGGGUUGUCUUCAAGGUCUUACACAGACCCUCAGGCCUCAUCAUGGCCAGAAAGUUGAUUCACCUAGAGAUCAAGCCAGCAAUAAGAAAUCAGAUCAUCAGAGAGCUGCAGGUGCUGCAUGAAUGUAACUCACCCUACAUAGUGGGCUUCUAUGGGGCUUUCUACAGUGACGGAGAGAUCAGCAUCUGUAUGGAGCACAUGGAUGGUGGCUCCCUGGACCAGUCCUUGAAGAAAGCAGGCAAGAUCCCAGAGCAAAUACUGGGCAAAGUUAGCAUUGCGGUGAUAAAAGGCCUGUCCUACCUGCGAGAGAAACACAAAAUCAUGCACAGAGAUGUAAAGCCAUCCAACAUCCUGGUGAACUCACGCGGUGAAAUCAAGUUGUGUGACUUUGGUGUGAGUGGACAGCUUAUUGACUCCAUGGCCAAUUCGUUUGUGGGCACCAGAUCUUAUAUGUCUCCAGAACGUCUUCAAGGGACUCACUAUUCUGUCCAGUCUGACAUAUGGAGUAUGGGUCUCUCUCUGGUGGAGAUGGCCAUCGGACGCUUCCCUAUUCCACCACCAGAUGCAAAGGAGCUGGAGCAAAUCUUUGGUCAGCCCCUCGAGGGCGACCCAUCGGCCAGCGAGGCCUCCCCUAAACCCAGGCCCCCAGGUCGACCCGGUAGCUCAUACGGUCCAGACAGCAGACCUCCUAUGGCUAUAUUUGAGCUCCUUGACUAUAUUGUCAAUGAACCACCUCCCAAGCUGCCAAGCAUAUUUGGUGCAGAAUUUCAAGAAUUUGUUAACAAGUGUUUAAUAAAAAAUCCAGCAGAAAGGGCAGACCUUAAGCAGCUGAUGGUCCAUACCUUCAUAAAGAACUCUGAGGCAGAGGAGGUUGACUUUGCAGGAUGGCUAUGCAGCACCAUUGGGCUAAACCAACCAGCAACACCAACUCACAGUGUGGGAAUGUGAAUCAUCUUUUCUAAGCCAACUAUUGAUGCACCCCUACCAUCUACAGUUUCUCUGCCUGCACUAAUUCCUACCUGCCAAUCAAUCCAGAGGCUGAGAGCUAACUACUGCUUCCUGAAACAUCCCCAUCUUAUUUUAGUUGUCUUGAGUAUUAUCAUGAGAUGUAUACAGCUGUAACAAUGUGCUAUGCCUUUGCUAGGAUACUUGAAUUCUAUUCUGCCAAAUAUUGUCAGACGCCUUUGUCACAUCAGAGGGUUUUGGCUAUACACAGGAGAUUGUUACAUUACAAAUCCAAGUUAACUACAUGCUGAUAUUGGGAAGUGACAGUUCACAUAAAAAAAAAAAAGUUACCGUUUACUUAACCUCCCUCAUGUGUAUGCAAAUCCUUAAGUUGAUUUCUUCCUUGGAAAAUAUUUUGUAAUGCUGACGGUGCAGCUCUUUUUCCAUAAAAUUAAAUGGGACUAAGGCUAUCAGAACCCAACAUUUUGCUGAAGAAAUCAAGUCAUACAGGUUUGGAACUACAUGAGGGAGGCUAAACAAUAUCAAGGUCCUUUAAACUCAACUUUAAAGCAAAUUGUCAAUCUGUUACAAUAGUGCUACUAUGACUUUCAAUGUCUGUGGCUGCAUUUAACUAUUAGCUACCCCUUUGAGUGGUUAAUGUUUCACUGUAAUGUGUGUUCUGCUUUUCCCCCAUUUUAAAUAUGAAUCUGCAGCCAAUAACUCACAACAAAAGCAUAAAAUCAUUUAACU